UUUUGGAUAAAUGGCAGAAAUGAAAAUGAAGCUUCUUGCACAGGUAAAGUCAGGGCACGGCUCUGACAGAAAUCAAUAUAAAUAAACAAACAAAACCUCAACGUGUUCUUAUGUUCACUGCCUCCAUUCUAAACACUUUUCUCAUUCCCCAAUAGUAAGCCAUCUCCGCCAUCACAUCCCUUCUCUUUUCUUUCUCCUCCUUUCUCCGCCCAAUACCUGAUCCAAUCUAUUUCCCCCGUGUUUUCCCCUCUCCAAUUUCGACUCUUUUACCCCUCAAAUCCUUGGAAACCCUAAUUCUCUACUAAACCCAAAAAAUCUCACCCUGUCCCUAUAAUUCAAUCAAACACUGUUUAAGUCUCCCAUCAACAAGUCUCAGAUUAUCAAAUCUCUCUCUUGUUGAUGGGCACAAUCAGAGCUACCACCGCAGACCUCUCCAAACCCACAUCAACCUCCUCCUCCCCUGUCCCAACCACCACUUCCACCUCUCGCACUGAGACAAUAAAUGGAUCUCACGAGUUCAAAAUCGGUGGCUACUCUCCAUCGAAGGGCAUCGGAAUCGGAAAGUACAUAGCAUCAGAUACGUUCAUCGUUGGUGGGUACGCGUGGGCAAUCUACUUUUACCCUGAUGGAAAGAGCCUUGAAGAUAAUGCGACAUAUGUGUCAUUAUUCAUAGCGCUCGCAAGCGAGGGCACUGACGUGAGGGCAUUGUUUGAGCUUUCGCUGAUGGAUCAGAGCGGGAAAGAAAACCAUAAGGUUCAUAGCCAUUUCGGUAGAGCUCUUGAAAGUGGCCCUUACACGUUGAAAUAUCGCGGCAGUAUGUGGGGUUAUAAACGGUUUUUUAAGAGAACUCAAAUAGAGACAUCAGACUAUCUCAAAGAUGAUACCUUGGUAAUUCGCUGUUGUGUUGGUGUUGUAAAAUCCCAGACUGAGGGACCGAAGGCCUAUACCAUUGCAGUGCCGCCCUCUGAUAUCAGUAAGCAUUUCGGAAAGCUUUUAGAAAGUGGAAAGAGAACUGAUGUAAAUUUUGAGGUUGAUGGGGAAGUAUAUGCUGCUCACAAGUUGGUUCUUGCGGCACGGUCACCUGUGUUUAGGGCACAACUUUUUGGUCCAUUGAAGGAUCAAAACACUGAAUGCAUAAAAGUUGAAGACAUAGAAGCUCCAGUUUUUAAGGCAUUGCUCUAUUUUAUUUACCGGAAUACCCUACCAGAUAUGGAAGAGCUUUUCGGCCUGAACUCUAAAUGGGCUUCUACACUGAUGGCUCAGCAUCUGCUUGCAGCAGCAGACCGUUAUGCAUUGGAGAGGCUCAGAUUGCUCUGUGAGGCUAAACUGUGUGAAGAUGUUGCCAUAAACACUGUUGCAACGACACUUGCUUUGGCAGAGCAGCAUCAGUGUCUCCAAUUAAAAGCUAUCUGUCUCAAAUUUAUUGCACUGCCUGAAAAUUUGAAAGCUGUGAUGCAGACAGAUGGAUUCGAGUACUUAAAGGAAAGUUGUCCUUCUGUUAUCACAGAACUUCUACAAUACGUGGGUAGAAUUGGUGAGCAUUCUGUCAUUGCUUGUGGACAUGGAAAUGAAAGCUUGGAUGGUGGUAUGAAUGGAAGGCGAGUGAAGCAAAGGCUACACUGAUUUAGGAAUAACAUAUAGCUCGGCAUUUGAACAAAAACUGGAGCAUAAUUUUGUUCCAGUUUUUGAGAUUGUACUAACAGUUGACUAUUUAAUAGAAAAUUCAAUGGUAGUGGUUAUUUUGUUAUGUUUUCCGGUACCUUGGUUAAAUAAUUUUGUGAAUUUCAAGUUCUCUGUUGCAACUCAA